CGUCACGUGACCCGCCAGCUGCGCGGCGCGGUGCCCUGUGGACGCGUGUGAAACAGAGAACGCACGUGGCCCCACGGGACGCAGCUGGUUCAGGGGUCUUGAGCUUGUCUCGUGCGUAAUCGGUUUCCUGUUCUUCGAGGCACCUGGUCCCUGUUCUCCGGGACAGCCACACAGGGUGCAGAUGGCUGGGCGCCUGCUGGUCGCCGUCUGCUGGUGGUCGGCAGCCGUGGCGGCCGCGCGGCAGGCGUUCUCCCGCGAGCCGGAGGAUCAGCGCGUCCAGAUGGGCGGCACGGUGGUGCUGCCCUGCAAGGUGGAGGGGGCCGUCGGAUCGGUGCAGUGGACUCGAGACGAAUUCGGACUGGGUGUCAACCGCGAGCUGCCCUCCUGGCCGCGCUACCGCAUGGUCGGCCACGACACCGAGGGCAUCUACUCGCUGGAGAUUCAGCGCGUGGCGCUGGAGGACGACGCCGUGUUCCAGUGUCAGGUCGGCGCCGCCGCUGGGUCCCCCGGCAUCAGGUCCAGUGACGCGCGCCUGACGGUGCUGGUACCGCCCGAUGCGCCACGGAUGGUGCAGGGCGACCAGCUCUCCACCACGGCCGGCGUGGUCGUGCGGCUGCAGUGCGAGAGCCGCGGUGGCAAACCGCCACCCGAGUUGGAGUGGUACGACGGAGAUGGCGAGCAGCUCGAAAACAACGUCACGAGCGAGGCGCGGCUGAUGACCGACGGCAAGCGCCACGUGGUCGAGUCGACCAUCCUGUUGGAGCCGGAGGCACGCCACGACGGCGCCAACAUCACGUGCAAGGCGCGCAACGAGGCGCUGAAGACGGCGCAGACCGCCGCCAUCACGCUGCACGUCCAGUUCCCGCCCGAGGUUGCCGUCGAGGUGGACUCGACCCAGGUCAACGAAUACGAUGACGUCACGUUCAAGUGCUCGGCCACUGCCAACCCGGACGAUGACCUGAUCUACAAGUGGUUCAUCAAGGACGAGGUGGUGGUGGGCGACCACGGCACCGAGCUCAAGCUCGACUCUAUUGGACGCGAGCUGCAUAGCGCUGCCGUGCGCUGUGACGUCACCAACGCCAUCGGCACGGGCAGCCACUCGCUCGACCUCAGUAUCCGCUACGGUCCGCGGUUCCGGGAAGAGCCGCAGGACGCGUCGGCCGAGGCUGGCCGCCAGGUGUCGCUGCACUGCGCCGUCGAUGCCUACCCCAGCCCGGAGAUCGUCUGGCUCAAGCGUGAUUGCGACGACUGCCGCAAGGUGGUCGGCCUGGGCUCAGAGCUGAACCUGACGGUGACGCUGGACUCCGUGGGCCGGUACGAGUGCCGCGCCGCCACCACCGGCUUUCCAGAGAUCUCGCGCCAGCUGAUGGUGUUCGCGCGCGCGCGACCUGAGGUCAGCGCGCGCUCGCCGCAGCCGGGCACCGCCGGUGGCACCGUCCACGUCGAGUGUGUGGUGUCGAGCGUGCCACUGCCCUCGUCCACCACCUGGUACCACUACGGCCGGCCAAUUCGGACAGACGCCGGUCGCUAUAAGACGGUGGACGAGCCCAUUCUGGGGGGAGUCCGGAGCCUGCUGGUGAUCUCCGCAGCCAAAGACUCAGACUUUGGUCUGUACAACUGCACCUUCCGCAACGAGUACGGAUUCGACUCGGCGACGGUACUCCUCGAAAAACAAGCGAGCGUGCCGCUUCUGAUCGUGCUGUCUGCUGUGGUGGGAGCCAUCAUCGCCAUCCUCUCCGUCAUCCUGGUGCUGGUCAUGUGCCAGCGGCAUCGUCGGCCAGCCGGCAGGGCCCCAGCCGACGGCAGCGAGAAGACCUCGGCCCGCCCGUCCGACCUCAGCUCAGCUGAGUCCGACCUCAAGAUGGAGCUGCGCAGCUCGUCGUCGCUCUCGGGCCGCACCGGGUCCGAGCGCUGGGACGACGAGCUCUCCACCUUCCGGUACCCGGACGACAUGACCGACGCCUCGUUUCCGCCCGUCAGACAGGGCCAGAACAACACAGGCUACGUGUCGUUCCCAAACUACGACCGCGACUACGCGCCGUCGCCGGCGCUAUCGCCGUACGGCGACCCGCGGCUCUCCGCGCGCUACGGCAAUCCGUACCUGCGCACCACGAGCCUGAGCAGCCUGCCGCCGCCGGCCGGCUACGGCGGCCGGGCGGGCGCGCCGGCCGCGCGGCUCGCCACGCACGUGUGA